GUGAGGCCUGACGAGUAUAGAGUCUGAUCAGGCGCCUCCGGACCACACUGCAAGGGGGCCUUCGGGCCGAUCACGUGGGCAGGGAGGUGGAGUAGUUGCUAGGCAACCAAAGCCGCUGGUUGUGGUCUACGGCACAGGCCAUGGAGAGGAAUGACAUCAUUGACUUCAAGGCUUUGGAGAAAGAGCUGCAGGCUGCACUCACCGCUGAUGAGAAGUACCAGCGUGAGAACGCUGCCAAGCUACGGGCAAUGGAGCAGAGGGUGGCUUCCUAUGAGGAGUUCAGGGGUAUUGUCCUGGCAUCACAUCUGAGGCCACUGGAGCGGAAAGACAAGAUUGGAGGAAAGAGGACGGCACCCUGGAACUGUCACACUACUCAGGGAACAUCCUUCCAGGAUGAAACCACUGCCAUCUCCCCGGAGAAAACACCACUGCAGCCAGAGACCUCAGCAGAGUUCUACCGGGACUGGCGGCGAUACUGGCGGAGCGGGCCGGAGCGCUAUCAGGCCCUGCUGCAGCUUGGAGGUCCCAAGCUGGGCCAGCUCUUCCAGACGGACGUGGGGUUUGGACUUCUCGGGGAGCUGCUGGUGGCACUGGCUGAUCAUGUGAGGCCAGCUGACCGGCUGGCGGUGCUGGGGAUCCUGCGCAGCCUGGCCAGCACCGGGCGCUUUGCCCUGAACCUGAGCCUGAUGAGCUGCGCAGAGAGAUCGAGCUGCAGAGACUUGUUUCAGAAGCUGCAGGCCAUGGGCACCCCCGCACCCGAGAAGGAGGGUCUCAGCCAGGGGGAGCAGGGUCUGGAGGGGCAGCCUGGUGGGCACCAGGAGGAGGAGAGGCUCCUACAGGAGCUGCUAGAGCUGUACCAAGUGGAUUUUUAGGUCCAGUUAUCUUUAGAGCGCCCCCCAGUGGUCACUGGAGACUCGGGUCCAUGGCCCUGGGGGCUCUGCAGGACUGGAAUAAGAGACCACACCCACGUCCCUUCUCAACUUAGAAUCUUCAGAGCAAAAGCUGGAACCGAAUCUUCCCCUCUUCUCCAUCCCCUUCAAUGGCUCCAUAUUCUGACCUGUGUAGAUCCACAGGGUGGCCAGGGGCCCAGGAAGUCAAAAGAGCUUUGCUUCCCGCCCUUAGGGUCUGCCACGCCUGUGGCUCAUCACCCUCGGAAACGGGCAAGUGCCCAACCAAAUGCCGGCUACUCUAGUGACAGUCUCCGCCCCCCAAAAAGGGAAAAAACAAAAUCAUUCCUCCUCCACGGUAAACAAAUACUGGCUAUCUCCAUAGCUCUUAACAAGAAUAUUUACAACGCAAAACCAGUGAAUGGCCAUUUAAUGGAUAUUUGAAAGGGUCAAAUGUUACCUUAUUUGAGGGGCAGUAUUUUCCCCGGGGACU